AUGUUGGAACGUAUAGAACGUACUCCGUUGCAUGCGGUGAUGGACUCCCUUACCAAGCCCCAACCACCAGCAAUUGAGGAAUAUUUAAGAUGUGAUUUCAACUCCCUUCAAAUUUGGGACAACGCAGAAGAAAACCUUCUGGCCCAGGUUCUCUACCUUCCCGACAAGCAUCUCAGUUACGCCUGUUACCUCUUGGUUGUUCCGCGGUUUUUUGAGGAGGUUCGCACUCACUUGCCCCGGUUCUUUGGGGAUAAGCUUUCAAGCACUAUCCAGUUUAUGCAAGCGUACGCUUCGGCUAGCCGCCACGCUACUACAGCCUUACGCUAUCACUUUUCGCAAACUAAGGAUAUCUCCAACCUUAGUAGGGAAGAUGCAAUUCGCUCUUUUCCUUAUCCUAUCUAUCCAGUUGAGAUGGGUGAUGAACUCUCCACGCAGCUCUCAAAGAACCCGAAUCUCAUACUCCAGGGAUUUUUGGGUAUGCAAACUCAGAUUCAGCAGGCUGUUGCGGAUCUAGGUAUCAACCUAGAGGACUACGGUAGAAAGGGCAAAGGCCCCACCCGCAACAAAGGCAAAGGCAAAGGAAAGCGCCCCGAAGGUAACAAAGGCUACCAGUCCGAUAUGUACCGCAACCAGGCAGAGGAAGAAGAGGAUACAGAUGAAGACUUUAAGCCCAAAGGUGGCAAAGGCUCCUGGCGCAGAGGCUCCAAUUACUGGGAUAGGCCCAGCUCCUCUAGGGACACUGGUAAAGGCUCCCGGCAGCAGUGGGACGACUAUCGCCGCCCAGCAAGCAGCAGGAUCGACUACGGAAGCCCUAAGGACCGGCCAGACAAGUGGUGGAAUGCGCGCGACUUCGAGGACUAUGACCCAGCUCAGGACUCCACACGUCGCCGCAGAGAAGACGAUCGCCAGCAGGAGGGUCGCCACACGCGUCAGCGUGGCCGAGGCUUGGAUGACCCUACGCUCUUUUUUCCUUGUGAGGAGUGUAUGGCUCUAGCUGGCUAUGCACAGCUCAUGCUGCCAAAGAUUUACCACUGGUAUGCAUUCACCAUUGGUCAGAUUUACAAUUG